AUGCAGUACUCUGCUUCCGCUCUCUUUUUUCUGGCGCUGGUCGCUCCAAUUCUUUCAGCCGCAGUUUCCGGCAGCCCUGAGGGAUUCGCUUCGGGCACCACAGGCGGUGCUGGCGGCUCAACUGUCACGCCUUCUACCACAGACGAACUUGUUUCAUACUUGGAGUCCAACGAGGCUUUGACAAUCGUUUUAACCAAGACUUUUGAUUUCACCGGCACCGAAGGUAGUACCACGGAAAACGGGUGCGCACCGUGGGGUACUGGAUCAGGUUGUCAGCUUGCCAUUAACAAGGAUAACUGGUGCGCGAACUACCAAAGUGGCGCGGGAUCCGUGAGCGUUACAUACGACAAGGCUGCCAGCACGCCUAUCAAUGUAGGCAGCGAUAAGACGUUGAUCGGUGAGGGAUCCGCUGGUGUCAUCAAGGGGAAGGGGCUCAGCUUGAGUGGAGGCGUCAGCAACGUUAUCAUUCAGAACGUAGCGAUCACAGAGCUCAACCCAGAGUAUGUGUGGGGUGGCGAUGCCAUCACCCUCAAUGGAUGCUCAAACGUCUGGAUCGACCAUGUAACCACAUCUCUCAUUGGUAGAAUGCACAUUGUAGCAGGCUAUGAAACAAACACUGCCGUCACCAUCUCGAAUUGCGAAAUCAACGGCGAGACCAGCUGGAGUGCUUCCUGCGAUGGGCACCACUAUUGGGCCCUCUAUUUCACAGGCACCAAUGACCAGAUCACCUUCAAGGGUAACUACAUCCACCACACCUCUGGACGAUCGCCCAAGGUUGACAAGGGCACCCUCAUCCACAUGGUCAACAACUACUGGGACGAGAACUCUGGCCAUGCCUUUGAGGGCGAGAAUGCAUAUGUUCUGCUCGAGGGGUCGACUUUCGACAACGUUCAGGCUUGCACGGCUGAUUACACUGCUUCCACCUUUGCUCCUUCUAGUGUUUCGAGUUCGUGUUCCAGUGGGUUGGGUAGAAGCUGCGCCGCAAACUCCUUUGUAAACUCUGGAGCCGCGGUCAGCGGUUCGGACUCCAGUGUCUUGAGCAAGAUGAAGGGGCUCAAGAUUGCUGAUGCGGACGCUGAUGCGAGUGGAGUACCUUCUAGCGCUGGAGUUGGAAAAGUCUCGUCGUCGAGGAAUGCGACAAGGAGAGCAGUAUCGUCUAGAUUCUUCCGGGUAUGA